CUCUCCCCAGCUCCCUCUGGUGCCAUAGCUUGGAGUCCCCAUGGCCUCGCUGAUCCGAGCCCUGCGUGUGGCCACCACAUGCCCUCGUUCAAGCCCUGCCCAGGCCCCGGGGCCGCGAUCCAUGGCCUGCACAGUCGGCCCCACAACUGAGAAGAAAGUACCACAUCAGCGGAUCCUGAAGGAGACACAGGGCCCCUCUGUGGUGGCCCAAGGCCCAAGUCGGCCGCUGCCCAGCACAGCCAAUGUGGUGGUCAUUGGUGGGGGCAGCGUGGGCUGCCAGACCCUGUACCACCUGGCCAAGCUGGGUGUAGGCGGGGCGGUGCUGCUGGAGCGAGACCGGCUGACCUCGGGGACCACCUGGCACACGGCAGGCCUGCUGUGGCAGCUGCGGCCCAGCGACGUGGAGGUGGAGCUGCUGGCCCACACGCGGCGCGUGGUGAGCCGUGACCUGGAGGAGGAGACUGGGCUGCACACGGGGUGGAUCCAGAACGGUGGCCUCUUCAUCGCAUCCAACCGGCAGCGCCUGGAUGAGUACAAGAGGCUCAUGUCGUUGGGCAAGGCCUAUGGCGUGGAAUCCCAUGUGCUGAGCCCGGCAGAGACCAAGGUUCUGUACCCGCUGAUGAAUGUGGAUGAUCUCUAUGGAACCCUGUACGUGCCACAUGACGGCACCAUGGACCCGGCUGGCACCUGCACCACGCUCACCAGGGCGGCUGCUGCCCGAGGAGCACAGGUCAUCGAGAACUGCCCAGUGACUGGCAUCCGUGUGCGGACAGAUGACUUUGGGGUGCGGCGGGUCGCGGCUGUGGAGACAGAGCACGGCUCCAUCCAGACACCCUGUGUGGUCAACUGUGCAGGAGUGUGGGCAAGCGCAGUGGGUCGGAUGGCUGGAGUCAAGGUCCCACUGGUGGCCAUGCACCAUGCCUACGUCGUCACUGAGCGCAUCGAGGGGAUCCAGAACAUGCCCAACGUCCGUGACCAUGAUGCCUCUGUCUACCUCCGCCUUCAAGGGGACGCCUUGUCUGUAGGCGGCUACGAGGCCAACCCCAUCUUUUGGGAGGACGUGUCGGACAAGUUUGCCUUCGGCCUCUUCGACCUGGAUUGGGACGUGUUCACCCAACACAUCGAAGGCGCCAUUAACCGGGUCCCUGUGCUGGAGAAGACGGGGAUCAAGUCCACGGUCUGUGGCCCGGAAUCCUUCACGCCUGACCACAAGCCCCUGAUGGGGGAGGCACCCGAGCUCCGUGGGUUCUUCCUGGGCUGUGGCUUCAACAGUGCUGGAAUGAUGCUGGGCGGUGGCUGUGGGCAGGAGCUGGCCCACUGGAUUGUCCACGGGCGCCCGGAGAAGGACAUGUACAGCUACGACAUCAGGCGCUUCCAUCACUCGCUCACAGACCACCGCCGCUGGAUCCGCGAGCGCAGCCACGAGUCCUACGCCAAGAACUACUCCGUUGUCUUCCCCCACGACGAGCCACUGGCUGGGCGCAACAUGAGGAGGGACCCCCUGCACGAGGAGCUCCUCGGACGAGGCUGUGUGUUCCAGGAGCGGCAUGGCUGGGAGCGGCCGGGAUGGUUUAACCUCCAAGGCGCCGCCCCGGUCCUCGAUUACGACUACUACGGGGCUUACGGAAACCAGGUGCACAAGGACUGCGCCUACAACAAGCUGCUGGGCGAUGAGUACCCCUUCGACUUCCCGCCCCACCAUGACGUGCUUCUGAAGCCCGUGGGACUUCUGGCCCUCGAGGAUGUGAGAGCUCGGAGGAGAUGCCAACUUGGCUGUGUGGCUUCACGCAGCCUCCGCAAAGGCGCCUGA